AUGGAGGAGGACGCGCCCCAAACAAAGCCAACAAAGCCCUUUACACCUUACUUUGCAUUUAUGCACGAUCAUCUUGACGAGUACAGGGACGUGGUGCCCAAAGAGAGGACUAAAGUACUUGGCCGGCGGUGGAAGGAGCUCGAUGAGAAGACCCGCAAACAAUACACAGAUAGCUACGAAGAACAGACGCGCCUAUACAAGGAGGCCAUGAAGAAGUGGCUGGAGGAGCAUCCAGAGGAUCGGCCGGGUGCAGCUAAGGAAAAGCCUGCGAAACGUGACGUAGAUACAAGAGAACGCCGUAAGAAGCCUACGGCUGCUGUUGACAAUGAAGACGCGUCUCCUUCGCAGGACCAGGGCCCAAACCUAGGUGCAGACGCGCCCAAUAACCUGAGGAUCUUCUUUAUUGUGGGCUAUGUUCUGAAGUAUGCAGAGCGCCACAACGGUCGGCCGAUCCCGAAUGACAAGCGGGUCCGUAAGGUUCUCUCCGAUCGAUACGACAGUCUGUCUGCUGCCGAGCGGGACGCCUGGGCUGCCGAGUGGCUGAAGCUUGACGAGGCGAAGCGGCUUGAACUAGUGACGUUCUACAACAGUCACCUUGUGAGUGCGGAUGCUUAG